CGAUUGGAGCUCAUGAUCUCGUACUCAUGACCGAGCGACACAGGAUCACUGAUCUCAAAGACCUUGUGAAGCAAUCGAAAGCUUCAGCGUCCCGGAGAAUUAAAAAGACAGACAUGUCGACCUACUUGUCUUCCGACUCCCACCGUGUCAGCCCUUCGGUCUACGGGAACCGAUUCGACACGGCCAACCGCAAAAAGGCUUCGGCGAACAUCUUCGAGAACGUCCAUCAAGAUGCGCUGAUGAGGCUCUUCCAGAAAACGGGGGACAUGAAGGCGGAGGAAAGGGUGAGGAGCAUCUACUCCUAUGCUCACGACCCCGAGGAGACGGCCAAAGCUCUCAUGGCACUAAAGCAGAGGAAGAAGGACAAGUUCCUGCAGAUUGCAGGCGUAAUCAGGCAGUUUCUCAAACUGCGCUGAAUCUUGUAUGAACUCGGGGAAACUCAGAUGAUUUGAAGAGAACUACGGAUGAGUCUGGACCGACGGCGGAGAAAGUGCAUGACAUCGGCAAACACGGAGGUGAUGCCUCCAGCUGAGACAAAGCCAGAUGC